AUCACUUCGUGAAUCAUGGACGGAGGCAGCAGAGUGUCCGACUUCAGCAUCGAGCGCAUCCUUUCCCCGCAGCUCGGACACAAGAUGCCGCCGGUGAUGGACUUCGCACCGGGUGGAUACUUCCAGGGGAUCCCCGGCGGGUAUUGGACUCUUUACCCCGGGAACCUCAGCCCUCCUGCCCCGGUCCCGGCCCUGGCCUCGGUCCGGGAUCCGGUCCCGGUCCCAGGCUGCUUGCAGUACCGAGGGAUGCGCUUUGUAGACGCCUAUCUCCCGUAUGGAGCAGCCGGUUUCCAUCCCACAGACUUCAGCAACAUGUACCCAAACUCCGGAGAGCGCAUGCGCUUCAGCAGCCAGGACUCUGCAGAUCCUCAGCAGUUGGCAGGUUACCAUGGUUACCAUCAGGCCGGGUUGUCCGAGCAGUCGCAGCUGCGUCAGAAGUCCCGGAUGAGGACGGUGUUCACCGACGGUCAGGCCAAGCGGCUCGAGGUGCUGUUCGCGCUAAGCGACUACCCGCUGGCGGAGACGCGCGCUGAGCUCGCGAGGAGCACCGGGCUGAGCGAGGAGACAGUCAGGAUUUGGUUUAAGAACCGCAGAGCCAGGAGGAAACGACAGUGCCACGGGUCAAAGGUCAAAUCCUCCUCCCCUUCGCCCAGCAGCGCCGGAGCCGAGAACAAGUUCUUCGCUUCCUUCCUCUGAACGGCGACAGACUGUCCAGACUGCUCAGGGACGCGUUAUUAUGGAUCCCACGUAACUUCUAGGCAAGUCCCGCCCUACGAGGCAGCCCGAUUGGUCGGA